CGCUUGAGCUUUUGAUCCGUAGGCAAAGUGGAGCUUCGAGCUUUGUGUGCGAUAGUGGACCUCUGACGCAACCUCUGUGUACAAAUCCACCAUGUUGGACAAUGUGCUAUUUAUCGUUCUGGCGGCCGAGCACGCUACCUCGAUACCUAUUCAUCAACUUACUUGUCCCACAAAAUGUCGACGACCACUAAGAGCGGUGCUCGCAAGCAGCCAUGGAUCAUGAAUGCCUUCGCCAUGACGGCACCGGGUCAUCUCGCGCCAGGAUUGUGGAGACAUCCGUCACAAGAAAAGCAGACACUGGAUCAUUGGGUCCAGCUGGCAAAGACGCUCGAGACGGCCAAAUUUCACGGCAUAUUCUUUGCUGAUGUGUUGGGCAUCUACGAUGUGUACAAAGGUAACGGACCUGCAUUGCAAAGCGGAGCUCAAGUUCCCCAUCUCGAUAUCGCUUUGCUCAUCUCAGCAUUGGCGCACGCGACCUCGCACAUCUCAUUUGGUAUCACCACAUCAACAUCAUACGACCAUCCAUAUGCCUUGGCUAGGAAAUUCUCCACGCUCGAUCACAUCACCAACGGUCGGAUCGGAUGGAACAUCGUGACAAGCUACCUUGAAAGUGCCGCAAAGUCUUAUGGGCUUGAAAAGAUAGUCGAGCAUGACGAGCGAUACGCCAUCGCUGAUGAGCUAUUAGAAGUAUUCUACAAGCUCGUCGAGGGCAGCUGGGAGGACUCGGCGGUCGAAGCGAACAAAUCCAAUGGCGUCUACACUUUACCGGCGAAGGUGCACCCCAUCAACCAUGCAGGGAAAUACUUCAAAUGCCAAGGCCCGAACCUGGUGGACCCAUCUCCACAAAGAACGCCGUUUCUGCUGCAAGCUGGUGCCUCAAAGGCUGGCAAGACGUUCGCGGCAACACAUGCUGAAGCUAUGUUCCUCCCGGGCUUGGUCCCAGAAAAGGUCAGAGACAUUGUCGACUCUAUGAAAGCUCAACUUGUGGAAGUGGGCCGAUCGAAAGAUAGCAUCAAAUUCAUUGCCGGAAUUUUCAUUGUUGUCGAUGAGACCGACGAGAAAGCACAAGCGAAAUUUGACGAUCUUCUGCAAUAUGCCGAUCUCGAGGGAACGGCUUGUUUGUUCGGUGGGUGGACUGGUACCGACUUAUCCCAAUUCAGUGACGACGAAGAUUUUUCUUUCAAAGGCCCUCCGGCCAUUCAAUCGAUGAUUAGCGCAUGGACAGCUACGGUUCCUGGCACGCAAGGGCUGAAAUGGACUAAGCGAAGGGUGCUCCAAGAGCUCGCUGUGUCAGGCGCUCAUGGUCGUGCGGUGGGUAGUGCAAAGACUGUAGCGGACAUCCUGCAGAAUUGGGUCGACGAGGCAAAUGUCGAUGGCUUCAAUAUCAGCUAUGCCACCACUCCAGGCACCUUUGUGGACCUCAUCAAGUACCUCUGGCCUGAGCUACGAGCCCGAGGCGUUCUGCAAGAAGAAUAUGCCGGUACCACCAUGCGCGAGAAUUAUCUACAAGAUGACAAAGGUCCUAGAGUACGACCUGACCAUCCCGCAUUAAAGUAUCGGAACCAAAUGGAGUGAUUGAAUGCUCCUGACUGCAGUAAAGCGCUCUAGUUGGUCUUAUAUAUCAGAGCUCGGAUCCAUGGUGUUCCAAAACUUGCAUAAGUCACAAAUUGUCCGAAUUAGAGUCCAUUGCAGGUCAUGUCGCCCAGGGUAAAUCAAAAAAAUGAAAAAGUACCAACCUCUCGAGCGGGUGUAAAUGGAGAUAAUAAAGGAGAGAUAUCUCGAGGGUCCAUCGCCGAUGCCAUCGGAUACUCAGAAUCUGGCGAUCGCCGUGAUCGUAGGGGCGUUCCGGGUGGCGUGAGCAGAUCCUCGUCGGGAGGCUUAUAGUAACAGGCGAACAUGCUCGCUGACUUCGCGGAGCUGUGAUGCGAGAUCGAUAAGGAGUCAAUGUGAUUGGACUGGG